AUGGGCUGGCUAUGGAGUAGUGCUCCGGCUCCGGCUGAGCAGCCACAGAAAUCAGAGCCCUCUCCUCCCGUGGCGAACAAUGCGAGCUCAUUUCCCUCCGGCAAUUCGCCAGAAAAUCCUACACCACCGCGGCCUCAGAAACCUCUAAGUCGCGACGAGCUUGCAGAUGCCGAGCUGAACGAGCUACUAAAGUCGUUAAACACCUCCUCUUCCACCGCCUCCACUGAGAGCAAUGCGCCGUCUACCCCUAAAUCCCGAACCUCCAAGCCAUUACCUUCACAAUCCAUGGAUGGGAAAUCGCCAUCUACGCAAUUCCAGUCGGAGUCCCUCUACCCAAAAACCAUGUCCUGUCGGUCCGCCUUCGACUACGCAUAUUUCUGCCAAUCCUUCGGAGGCCAGUGGGUAAAUGUCUAUCGAUACGGUGAACUCCGGUCAUGCAGCGAGCACUGGUCAGACUUUUGGUUCUGUAUGCGCUCGAAGAGUUUACCUGAUGAGGAAAGGGAAAAGGCCAUAUCUGAUAGGUAUCGGAGGAAAUCUAUUAAGUACAAGACUGGUCCUAGCAGUGAGGAUGUCUGGGAGCUUAGAAAAGAGCCGGUUAGGGGAGCAUUCCAGGGAGACUACCUAGCCUUUGAGAAAGAGAUGGAACGGCUAAGGCAGCAAGAAGACGAAGCAAAAGUAAAGGGAGAGCAAGGGAUGGUGAUAUGA